CGAGUAUCAGCCAACCAGAGCGUCACGCCUUCUUUUCUCGACGACUCCUAACCAAAACUUGUCUCAUUCUCCUCACUAUCUUACAAAAACCCUAAUUUUCUCCUUCACACUAUUUCUUGUUUUCUCUGAAAAUGGAAGACGAAGAAGGGAUCGGCUUAGUUCUAGCCAGAGCCACCGAGCUCAGACUCAAGAUCAGUGAUUGUAUCGAUACCUCCACCCACCCCGUCACUGAUGACGAGGGAGAAGCAAAGAAAGACAAGGAUUUUGACUCAAUCAGCUCUGAAGAGGAAGAAGCUGCACGUCUUCUAUGUAUACGCGAUGCUCUCGAAUCUCUCGAGUCCCAGCUUGCUGCUUUACAGAAUCUACGUCAAAGACAGCAAUAUGAGAAGCAAGUGGCUCUCUCUGAGAUUGAUUACAGCAGGAAGAUGUUGCUUGAGAAGCUCAAUGAGUAUAAAGGGAAAGAAUUCGAAGUGCUACGCGAGGCUUCGACUUUUGCUGGUGAAAGAGUUGGUUAUGAGAACGAUCUUCUUCUUCCUCCUUACUCUGUUCAUCCUCCUCUCUCCCUCGGUCUAGAUAACAAUGGAUACUUACCUCAUUUACCGUCCAAGAAGAAAAGUUCUGAUGCAAACGGAGGACAUGUGAGAAAAGAAACACAAGUGAAAAAUCCCCACGGAGUUAUUCGCUUCUUAGGCUCUGUUGUGAAGAUCAUGCUUCCAAUCAUUGGUGUGGUUUCUAUCUUUUAUGGUCCUGAGAUCAAGAAGAGAGGCAUGUCACUGAAGCUUCUGGGGUUUCUCCCGCAACGAGUAGUCGUAGCAAAGAACCAAUGCCCAACAGGGAAAGUUCUUGUGGUUGAAGACGGUGAAGCAAGGUGUCUUGUGAAGGAAAGAGUCGAAAUACCAUUUGACUCCGUGGUGGCGAAACGAUAUGUGACUUAUGGAUACGGUUGAGUUGAUAAUACCCCUUCUCUGUAAUCUUUAGUGUGUAAAGUUUUAUCUCUUUAGAUGUGAAGCAACAUAGCUCCCCUCCCCCCAAUGUUUUGUUCUUGCUUGUGAUGAUCCUCAGCAAAUAAUCUUUAGAAGAAAGAGAGAGAUCCAUUUGAAUUUGCAGCUAGUAUAUCUGUUCUGAUAUUUGAUCAGGUGCAUAUGCGGUUAUUUGAUAACCCUUUUUGACCCUUCUACUUCAGGUUCCAUGCUCUCUCUCGUCUUAAAUCCUCCAAUUUUCAUCAUACUUUUUCUUUCAGUCGGACCACGACGCACAUUCAAAUCUGUUUUUUUUGUUACUUUACUUUUUUU